CGGGACACCAUCCAUGCCCGGGACACAGCCAGUGCCCGGAGCGCAGUCGGUGUUUAGGGGACAGCUAAUACUACGGACACAGACAGUGCUCGGGACACAGCCGAUCCUAAGAUACAGCCAGUGCCCAGGACACAGCCAAUCCCAAGACUCAGUCGGUCCCAGGACAGAGCCGAUUCCGGGACACCGGCGAUCCCGGGACACUGCCGGUCCCAAGACACUGCCGGUCCUCGGGACACAGCCGGUUCCAGGACACAGCCGAUCUCGGGACACAGCCGGUGCUCGGGACACAGGCGGUCCCAGGAUAGAGCCGAUUCCGGGACACUGCCGAUCCCGGGACACAGCCGGCGCCAGCCCUGCUGGGCAGAAGCGGCUCCCGGACGCUUUUGCCUCAGGCACUCAGCGGACACCCCGGUGCCCGCGGUCAGGCACAACGGAGGACGUCCGAACCGGGGUCCUGCCGGCUCGCAGGGCCUGGCCUGCGCGGGCGAAUGAGCUAAGAGCGCGCCGCGCACGCGCACGCCCCUCUCUUCCGGUGCUACCAUGGCGGACAAGGAAGCAAAGAAGGUGCCCUCUGUGCCUGAGAGCCUGCUGAAGAAGCGGCAGGCCUAUGCGGUCAUGAAAGCCAAACGUCAGAAGAAGAUUCUGGCUAUAAAAAAGUACCGCAAGGCACAAAGGAAGCUCAUCUAUGCAAGAGCCCAGGCUUACCACAAGGAGUACAGGCACAUGUACAGGCAGGAGAUCCGGAUGGCCAGGAUGGCCCGGAAAGCUGGCAACUACUAUGUCCCAGCUGAGCCAAAACUGGCAUUUGUCAUCAGGAUAAGAGGUACCAAUGGUGUCAGCCCAAAGGUUCGCAAGGUUCUGCAGCUUCUUCGCCUGAGGCAGAUCUUUAAUGGCACCUUUGUAAAACUCAACAAAGCCUCUAUCAACAUGCUGAGGAUUGUUGAACCCUACAUUGCCUGGGGUUACCCCAACCUGAAGUCUGUGCAUGAGCUGAUCUACAAGCGAGGUUACGGCAAGAUCAACAAGCAGCGCAUUGCUCUGACCGACAACCGCCUGAUCCAGAAACGCCUUGGAAAGCUUGGCAUCAUCUGCAUGGAAGAUGUGAUCCAUGAAAUUUACACCGUUGGCAAGAACUUCAAAGUUGUGAACAACUUCCUUUGGCCCUUCAAGUUAUCCUCUCCUCGGGGUGGUAUGAAGAAGAAAACGAUCCACUUUGUGGAAGGUGGGGAUGCUGGGAACAGAGAAGACCAGAUCAACAGACUCAUAAGGAGAAUGAACUAAUGGUAAAGAUGCCCAGCUGCGAUAUUUCAAAGUCUGGUCUAUUAAUAAAACAAUCUUGCACAAAACA